AUGAGUUCCAUGACCAAGAUUUGGCGCCAAAGUUCCCUGCUAAAGUUACUUCACCAACGGCUUUACCCACCUCUUGAAUUCCUCAAGCCGAUCCCAGAAUAUAUUUUCACCUACAAAUUUCACUCAGCUAGCCAAGCAGAGAAUGUCUCACUUUCAGACUUCGACGAGAGCACCAUCUUUGAUCCCGCCUCUGUUUCCUAUUCAAAGCUAUUGUCAGAACUCUGCAAAUCCAAGUCUCUUGAGCCUGGUCUCCGAAUCCAGGCUUACUUACACAAAAUUGGUUUAAACGAAGACCGAGCAAAUAGGAACCAUUUGAUAAAUUUGUACUCCAAGUGUGGCCGUUUUGCGUAUGCCCGGAAACUAAUUGACGAAAGUCCUGAACCGGACUCGGUUUCCUGGUCUUCUUUGAUAUCAGGUUAUGCCCAAAAUGGCCUUGGUAAAGAAGCCCUUUUGGCUUUUCGCUGGAUGUAUCAUUUGGGUAUUAAGAGCAAUGAAUUUGCUUUGCCUAGCGUACUUAAAGCAUGUUCAAUAAGUAAGGAUUUUGUGCUAGGGAAACAGGUUCAUGGCAUUGUGGUGGUUUCGGGGUUUGAGUCUCACGUUUAUGUUGCAAAUACUCUGGCUGUUAUGUAUUCAAAAUGUGGUGAAUUCGUGGAUUCUAGGAGGUUAUUUGAUGAAAUUCCGGAAAGGAACGUCGUGUCUUGGAAUGCAUUGUUUUCGUCCUACACGCAAAUCAAUCGGUUUGGAGAAGCAGUGGGUUUGUUUCGAGAAAUGAUUGCGAGUGGCACUAUGCCUGAUGAGUUCAGUUUGUCAACUAUACUAAAUGCUUGCACUGGAUUAGGAGAUAUUGGUCAAGGGGAAAAAAUUCAUGGGUUCUUGAUUAAACUAAAUUUUGAUUAUGAUCCAUUCUCUUUGAAUGCACUUGUUGACAUGUAUGCAAAGCUGGGAAGUCUAGAAGAUGCAAGUGCCGUUUUCCAGGAAAUCAACCACCCAGAUAUAGUUACCUGGAAUUCCAUCAUUGCUGGGUAUGCUCUUCAUGAAUAUCAUGACCAGGCCUUGCAGCUUUUUGAGCAGAUGACGAGCUCAGGAAUAAGGCCAAAUGUAUUCACCUUGUCAAGUGCUCUCAAAGCUUGUACUGGACUCAGGCUCCAAGAAUUUGGCAGACAAUUGCAUUCUCUGCUGUUAAAAAUGAAUUCAAUGGAUUCAUUUGUGAGUGUUGGACUUAUUGAUAUGUACUCAAAGUGUGGUUUAGCUGAGCAUGCAAGGAUAGUUUAUGACUCGAUGCCAGAGAAGGAUUUGAUUGCAGUGAAUGCCAUGAUCUCUGGGUAUACACAGUAUGGGUCACACAUUGAGGGCCUAAUCCUCUUUGUUGAGACAUCUAGGAAAGGAAUGGGAUUUAACCAGUCAACUUUAGUAGCGAUCUUGAGCUGUACUGCCAGCAUGCAAGCAAUCAGUGCCUGUAAGCAAUUCCAUGCUCUUUCUGUGAAGUCAGGGCUUCAAUCAGAUGCAUUUGUCACAAAUAGUUUGAUUGAUUCCUAUGGGAAAUGUAGCCGGACAGAUGAUGCCGCUAGAGUUUUUGAAGAAUACUCUACCAUAGACUUACCCUCAUUUACAUCUAUCAUAACAGCUUAUGCUCAGUGUGGACAAGGCGAAGAAGCCCUGAAGCUCUACCAGAAGUUGCAAGGUGCAAAUGCCAAGCCAGAUUCAUUUGUCUGCGCUUCUCUCCUGAAUGCCUGUGCAAAUCUAUCAGCAUAUGAGCAGGGAAAACAAAUCCAUGUUCAUGUCUUGAAAUAUGGAUUUGUGUCAGAUAUAUUUGCAGGGAAUUCUCUUGUUAACAUGUAUGCCAAAUGUGGGAGUUUAAAGGAUGCUGAUCGUGCAUUCUCUGAAGUUUCUCAGAGAGGUAUAGUAUCAUGGUCUGCCAUGAUUGGAGGACUUGCUCAACAUGGGCAUGGCAAGAAAGCUCUGUUAUUAUUUCAUGAGAUGCUUAGAGAUGGUGUACCUCCUAAUAAUGUGACGCUAGUUAGUGUCCUUUGUGCAUGUAAUCACGCCGGUCUAGUAACAGAAGCUAAAAGGUACUUUGCAAUGAUGGAAGAGUCAUUUGGGAUUCAGCCAACACAAGAGCAUUAUGCCUGCAUGAUUGAUAUCCAUGGAAGAGCAGGAAAAUUGAAGGACGCAAUGGAUCUUGUAAAUAAGAUGCCUUUUGCAGCUAAUGCCAGGAUCUGGGGAGCACUUCUUAGUGCUGCAAGAAUCCAUAAGAAUGUAGAGGUGGGCCAAAAUGCUGCUGAGAUGCUUUUGAGUCUUGAACCAGAAAAAUCCGGUACACACGUUCUUCUUGCAAACCUUUAUGCAUCAGUGGGAUCAUGGGAAAAUGUAGCAAAAGUGAGAAGAAUAAUGAAAGAAAACAAUGUGAAAAAAGAGCCAGGGAUAAGUUGGAUAGAAGUGAAAGACAAGAUUUACACUUUUAUUGUUGGAGAUCAAAGCCACUCAAGAAGUAAAGAAAUAUAUGCUAAACUUCAGGAGCUGGGUGACCUUAUGGCUAGAGCUGGGUAUGUUCCCAUGAUAGAGACUGACCUCCAUGACGUUGAACAGGAAGUAAAGGAGCUUCUUCUUUCCCACCACAGUGAGAAGCUUGCAGUAGCUUUUGCACUGAUUGCAACUCCACCAGGAGCUCCCAUUAGAGUGAAAAAGAAUAUUAGGAUUUGUUUAGACUGUCAUACAGCAUUCAAGUUCAUUUGUAAAAUAGUUUCACGGGAGAUUAUAGUUAGAGAUAACAAUCGGUUCCACCAUUUCAGUGAUGGAUCUUGUUCUUGCGGGGAUUACUGGUAGUAUAGAUUAAGGAGCAGCAUCGGUGAUUGAUUUCU